AAUUAAAGUCACGUGCCUUUCGUAGAUAAAUAGCCUUGAAAUGUGCUAUCGGUUAAACAGACGAAAACUUCUUUGCUGUCAGCAACUUCCUUGUUAUACAUUUAACUUUAUUAAAAAAAUAAUUAAGAAGAAAAUUAAAAAAUGCUAAACUGGGCGAAACAAAUUUUAAAACUGAAAUUUAAUUUAAGCUCUAAUCAUUUCAGAAAUUAUUCUAAGGACAAAAGCUUUAAUAAAAUAAGCGCAAGUUAUUGGCACAAACCUGGAGGUUUUACUUUUUCCAAUGCUACUCUCGGCGAUGUAGUAGACGCAGCGGCUGAUAAAUAUGGAGACGAUGUUGCCAUUUCUGUGCCAUUUCAAAAAAUAAAUAAGACAUUUACGCAGUUUAAACAAGAGGUUGAUCAACUUGCCGCUAGUUUCAUUGGAUUAGGCUUGCAAAAAAAUGAUCGAAUUGCAAUAUGGUCUCCAAAUAACUACGAAUGGCUCCUUACGCAAUUUGCUGCUAGUAAAGCCGGAUUGAUUUUAGUAUGUCUUAAUCCUUCAUACAGAGCAGCAGAAUUACAGUUCUCUCUUAAUAAAGUUCAAUGUAAGGCAAUUAUAACUGCCGAACGUUUUAAAGUUCUAAAUUUUUAUAACAUACUUUCUGAAGUUGUGCCUGAAAUUUCAAGUAGCAAACCGGGUCAGUUAUGUUCACAAAAGGUGAGAAGUCUUCAAUAUGUAAUUACUCUUGCAGAUAAAGCCUUGCCAGGAACGUACAGCUUUAAGGAAAUAUUCAAAAAUGAUGGAAGUGAAAAUACAAAACUUCUUCAUGAAAGAGAGAGAACAAUUCAAUUUGACAAUGCAACCGCUAUCAUGUUUACAUCGGGAACAACAGGAAAUCCAAAAGCUGCAGCACUGAGUCAUUUUCAGUUGGUUAACGAAGCAAUUUCUGCUGGAAGAAAGAUUGGAUUUGUCAAUGAAAAACCAACAAUUUGUUUACAAGUUCCACUCUUCCAUAUAUUUGCCUAUGCGUUAGGACCAUUAGUAACUAUAAAUUUCGGAGGAAAAUGCGUUAUUCCUUCAGAAUUUUUUCAUUCUCCUUCAUCUCUCGAAUGCAUCCAAAAUGAAAAAUGUACGGUGGUAUAUGGAGUUCCAACAAUGUUUUUUGAUAUGUUAAAACACAUUUCCGAAUCAAAUUAUGAUCUUAAAAGCUGGAAACAAGCUGUACUUGGAGCUGCACCUAUUCCCGAUUUCUUGGUCCAGGAAUUGAAGAAUAAAUUGGGAGUUAACAUUGCGAACGGCUAUGGAAUAACGGAAACUUCAUCUGGAAUUUGCUUGGCACUCUAUCCAGCCGAAAAACAUUCAGGAAAACCUAUCGAACACGUUGAAGUAAAAAUCGUUGAUAAUAACGGAAACAUAGUUCCAUUUAAUACUAAAGGAGAAAUUUUAUGUAGAACUCCAUACGCUUUUCUUGGUUAUUGGGAAGACAAAGAAAAAACUGACGAAGUAUUGGAUUGUUGUAGAUGGUAUCAUACGGGAGAUGUUGGCAGCAUGGACGAAGAAGGUAACGUCUGCGUAACUGGAAGGAUUAAAGAACUUAUUAUAAGAGGUGGUGAAAAUAUAUAUCCUCAAGAAAUUGAAAAUCUUCUUCUUACACAUCCCGCAGUAUUCGAAGUUUAUGUUGUAGGAGUUCCAGACGUAAGAAUGGGAGAAGAGAUUUGUGCUUGCAUUCAACUAAAACCUAACCAAAAAAUUACAGAAAACGAUGUUAAAGAAUACUGUAAAGACAAGAUAAGUCAUUUCAAAAUUCCAAAACAUAUCGUAUUCCUCGAAGGAUUUCCAAAAACGGAAAGCGGAAAAAUUCAAAAAUUUAAAUUACAAGAACAGUGUACAAAAUUGCUGAAAUUAUAAUUUCAGAAUAAAACUUGUUUAAUUUAAUUUUUUUAAACUUUUACUUGUAAAAAUCUUUUAUUAAA